AAUUAAUAUAAUAUAGAUAAAUAACAUUCAAUAUCUCAUAAAUAAGCAUUGUCAAAUAACUCAUACAUAAGUGUACUCUAAAUUGUGGUUUUCAUCAGAUACAUAUGAUCUUUCUCAAAGGGGAACUAUUCCAUCUCGGCCAUAGAAAAGCUUGAAUGCUGACUCAAAGCCUGACCCUUCCUCAAAAAUUGGACCCUUGCCUCUUUGAGCAGCUACUGGCAAAGCAGAAGUGAGGGGAAAAGGUUGUAGCUCCAUUGAUAUUCCUCAGGAAUGGGCAUCUUUCGACAUUUGGGUGUCCAAAAAGGUUCUGCGGUGAUACUGAUUCACUGAGAAAGCUGCCAAAAAAAUUUUCCAUCUUGGCAACAGCAAAAUCAGAUGCACAUUAGCAAGUAAUGACCUAUCAGGAUGUAUUUGAUCUUGGAUGACGAACAUCAACACAUAUAUACAUAUCAGUGAUGCACUGGUACUACAAGUAGUUGAAUGCCUCAAAAAAACAUAGAGAGCCAGGAAGAUAACAUGCAUGAUUAAACAUAACCAUUUUGUCACCUGAUAAUUGACUCAUACAUCACCUUACUGCCUGGUGUCUGCUGGCCUGCUGUAAAUAGAACAUGCUCUGCUUAGCUGAAAAUAGAACAUACGUGGUACAGUUUAAAGCCAUAAUGACUAGCAGGAUUUUUAAUAGCAUAUCUGGAUGGCUUCAUUGUGUCCAACAGAACCAUGUAAGGUAACUGGGACCAUCUCCUGCAAUGAAUGGAGAUGUAAUGGGACCAUAACAUUAGGAGAUGGCAAAAGAAGUGGUUUCACGAGAAAAUAACCUAAAAGAACAUCUUGACUGUCAAGGUCGUGUCACUGGACAUCAAACAAAAUUAGCUAAAUAGACUGUAUUAUAUAAAUAAAAUGAAGUGAGUAUAGGUUAAUUCAACAAAAAAUACUGCAGUGCUGAUUAAAGAAGCCUAUUAGUCACCCUUCACUCAUCGCUUGCACUGUUUACAUAAUAUAGUUUAAAACAGAAGAUAUACAAACAUCCUAGCAAAAGGGGUCUCAUGUUUACUUAUCAAAACGAAGGGAUCUGCAAUUGGUAUUGGAAAACACGACCAUUUAGUGAUUCCAUAUGUAGAAAUAAGUUUAAGUUUUUUUUCAAACAAGUAGUAGAACCAUGUAUAAUUAUAUUACAUUAAGAAGAAAACAAGUUUAAGGUUUAGCUGAUGCGAGUACCACUAAACCUGCUAGAUAGAUCAGACAGGCCACACCACACAUUUAGACUUCAUAUUGAAGAAAAGGUAAAAACUUUCAUAAGCACAUGGGAUAAUGCAAUCAUGCUUGUGGACAAAUUAUUUAUCCUGCAUCACUUGUCAAUUGAGAGGUUCAUCUAUCUUGCCAAUAAAUGUUUAUCGAAGAAAGAAAAAGAAAAUGAUUGAUUGGCAGAUUGAUAAUUGAUACCAAAAUACAUAAAUUGCAGAAAAUUUCCUGGAUAUCCUGAUAAGCUCCAUACCUUCACACUAAUAAUAUCAAAUAGUGUUUCAUUGUCACGAGCAUAGGCGUAGUUUAUCUGCAUUCCAAGAAACAGUCAAAGCAACCAAUGCCCAAAUUCCAUUGACAUACACCAUAACAAUUAACAAAUAUUUUAAAACAAAUGAAAAAUCAAGUAUUGAAUCCAGAUCUCUUCAUCAUAACAAGAGGAAACCAAUGAUAUGCACAUGAUUGGACCUUCACCAUCCUUGACUACAGGCAAAAUGCAUGACCUGUGUUGCAAAAAUUCAGAAACUGACAAUACAGAGGUCAUCAUAUUCAAAUCAAUAUAUUAGAUACAAGUGCAUAACUAGCUUGGCAGUUGGCCCCAGCAUUCCCCUUCUUUUCCUCCCUAACUGAGUAGGACAUAUAAUGGCAAGUCCUCUUUUAAGAGCGAGUCCUGGUGAAAUGAGACGACCAAUUUCAAACAGAAUACUAAGCUGCAGUCUUAACAGGAGGGGAGGAGGAGCAGAGAACACAGACAAACUUGAUGCCAAACUAGGAACAGCUUAAGGAAACCUCGCAAGAGCUUUUGGAUUUUAACUAAAGCGGACCAACCGAUGCUGCUUACCUUCAACUGAUUUGGACCACGAUAAAUAGCUAUUCAGGAUUAUUAAUCUAAACGAUCGAUAUUCAUCUACGGGAUUUAACCGAUCACUCAAUAUAGAACACGAUAACAAGAGCAAAGCACCGACUUCUCUAAACAACCAUUUUAAUACUUGCUGAUUUUGGACAGCAGUACAGCAGUCAGCGGUUUUGCUCAUAACUUACAAAAUAUUCAUCCAAAAAUCGUGAACUAAGACUUUCUAGAAAGCUUAAGAAGUCCUCUACAACUUUUGUAUUAUCAUCACAGUGAGACUUGACACUUAGAAUGGUCAAACAAUGCUAAACGUAAAUUCUGUCCAGAUUUGGACAGAAUUCGACUACUUACUUCAAAAAUUCAUAACUGGAGUUUCAGACAUCCAAAUCAGGUGAUCCUAGACUUUAUAGAAAGCUAAUAGAAUUCUCUAAAAUUCAUUUAUGAACAUCCCAGGUUAAUUUAAUAUAUAUCAAGGUCAAAAAACAUGAGAAAGGCUCUGCUGUCCAAAUUGGGACAGAUUCAGAGAUUCUAACUCAAACAGCUGUAACUUAAUUUAUAGAGCACCAAAAAGGGUGAUCCAAAAUUUGUUGGAAAUCUUAAGGAAAGUACUACAAUUCUCCUAUAAUUGCUAAUGACUGAUUCUCAUUUUAACUUAGCCAAACAAUCCAUUUCAUCGGAUUAACUAGCAUAGCUAACACAUCACACUAUUUGUCCUAGCAAGUAGAGCAUCAUCAAAUAUUACAUAAUCUCAUUUGACUAUAACCUAGAAGCAAAAGACUUUAAGCGCCUAAAUGCACUUCCCACUAUAUAGCUCUCGGAUUACAACUGGAAUAAACCUAUUGAUGCUAUUUGCUUCCAACUAAUAAGGAUAAUGAGGAACAUUUAUUCAAGAUGAUUAACUUAAGCGACCAAUCUCCAUUUAUGAUAUUUACUCAAUCAACAACCAUAGAACAUGAUAAUUACUAAAACAAAGCAUCACUUCACCAAUUAAGAAUCAGCUAAACUUACUUAGCCAAACAAUAGUAACUUCAAGCCAACAAUUUAAUACUUGCAGAAUUUUUAGACAGCAGCACAGCCGCAUCGGUUAAUUGUUUUAUUCAUAGCUCACAAAAUAUGCAUCCAAUGAUCCAAAAAUAGUAAACUAGGACUUUUUGGAAAGCUUAGAAAGUCCUCUAUAACUCUUAUAUUAUCAUCACAACAUGAUUCGACAGUUUGAAAGGUCAAACAGUGCUAAACUUUAAUUCUGUCCAGAUUUGGACAGAAUUCGGCUACUCACUUCAAAAAAAUCAUAACUGGAGUUUCAGGCAUCGAAAUCAGGUGAUCCUAGACUUUUUAGAAAGCUAAUAGAAUUGUCUACAAUUCAUUUAUAAACAUCUCUGGUUAAUACAAUACAUAUCAAAGUCAGUUACUACAAACAGACUUCGCUGUCCAAAUUUGGACAGAUUCAGACUCUCUAGUUCAAACAGAUGUAACUUGAUCUCUAGACCACCAAAAAUGGUGCUCCAAAAUUUGUUGGAAAGCUUAAGAAAAAUACUACAAUUUUUCUAUAAUUACUAAGGGCUGAUUCUCAGUUUAGUUUAGCCAAACAAUCCAAUUUUCGAAACCUGUACAGAAUUUGGACAGAUUCUGAAACUGGACUUGGAAAAAUCAUAACUCAUAAACUACUACACCUAUGGUCAUGAAAUUUUAACACAAGCAAGAUAAAAAGAUUAUCUACAAGAAUGCUGAUAGUGACAGUAUAAUUCAACACCCAAACAAGAAGUAUCCUGGAGCCUAAACAGUCUAGUACAAGUAAGGAUAUCACUGUGUCUGAAGUGAAAGAAAAAUCGCCUUAUGAAAUGAAGAAGGAAGUUGGGUUCAGAAAUGAAACAGUGGAAGCUGCUUUUGUUGAACAUCUGCAGGAGGAAGAAGCUCCCACAAGUAAAGAUGGCCAAAAGGUCCAAGCUGCUAGCACUACAGUUGGUGAUCAAGAAAAUGCAGCCCUGAAGAGCAUAGGGGAAGAUCAUGUGCAAGAAGAUGCUGGUGCAGGAAGCUUGAAUGGAUGUGACAAAAGAAAAAAUGAAGAUGGGACAGUGAUUGAAAGUGAAACUGCGAAAGAUGAUGCCAGAACAUAUGGAGUUAAUUUGUCAGAAUCAGAUGUUGCAGUUGGUAUUCAGUCUGCCUACAGAGGGUAUGAUGUUCGAAAAUGGCAACCUUUGGAUAAGCUCUGGAAGAUCAAGCAUGUGCAUGAACAGAUGCAAGUUGUGAGGAAGCAGAUUCAAUGCCUUUUAGAUUCUUGCAGUAAGCCAACACAAAAAGAGCAAGUGGCCAUAGGUGAAACUAUUAUGAAUUUACUCCUGAAGCUUGACGCAAUCCAGGGCUUGCAUCCAAGUGUAAGGGAAGCUAGGAAGUCUGUUGCUCGAGAACUGAUUUGCUUGCAGGAGAAGCUUGAUACUUUAUGCAAAGCCGCAUCUGGAGACUUGAAUCACACAGAUAGUAAUGAUGAUGAAUCUGAGGGGACCAAGAACAUUAUCCAAACUGCAGCUCCUACUGUAAUAACUGAAGCUUCUGAUAGACAGAAGAGAACUAUUGAACUGGGUAAGGUACAAGAACCAUGUUCAGUGGACUCCAUGGAGCCAUGCAACGCAGUUCCAUCUGGAGUUUCCUGGGAGGUGAGGCCAGAUGUAGACGCUAGCGAGGAGAAGAAUGAAAACAAGAGUCAUGUAGCACCACAGUGGAUGAAGCACACGAAGAAGUAA